AAUAAUACAAACAUAGAAUUUUGCAUAUUUAUACUGAAAAAUCUUUUGCACAAAUAAACAAAGUUACUGCAGUGCAUUUUCACUGCUGAAGAAUUGCGACGAAGUACACAAAGGCAAAGGAGUCGCGUUGCAAGCAAACUUAACGCAGUUCUAUUUACGUUUUGUUUAUCAACAUGGAAUCUGGCAGCAGCUCGAGCUCCACUUCGGGCAGCAGCUCGUCGAGUGGCUCAUCCAGCUGCACAGAUACGGGCAGCUCUUCGGAUACCGAUUCGAGCAGUUCGGGCGUUGCCGGUCCCGAGGAAAAACCACAGCCAACAAAAACACAACAAACCGCUGUGCGUCGCAAGGCGGCAGCGACGCCGGCAGAGAAUGAGAAACCGAAAACCGCAGGCAACAGCAGCGCUUUGAGCUCUGCUUCGAGCAAGGUGCGUUCUGUGGUGGCAGCCAGCAAUCAGCGCAAUGGUGCACUAUCCAGCGACGAUGAUGACGACGACGACGACGCGCCGCCAGCCAAAAAGAAUCCGCGCACCAUGACCAACAACGUGGCGUCAGCUGCCGCACGCCGUAAGCCGUCAACAGGGGCGCCGACCAAGCAGGCAGCGAGCGGGGCAACUGGCAGCAACAACAAGGCGCCACUGCCAGCCAAAGCCAAUGCCCAGUCGCAGCGCAAUGGGGACAACAAACGACCUUCACUGAGCUCCUCAUCCAUGAGCACAGAUGACUCGCACAAGGAUGUAAAGAACGGACGGAAAGUGCCGCUAAAGCUGGCCAGCACUGCGACGGCUGUGCGCGCCAAGCAAAUGCGUGCCAAGGCGCUGCAGGCCAAGGCGAACAGCGCAAGCAACAACAACAAGAAUGGACCGGCUGCAGCUGGAAGACGCGCGAAGAGCCGCAGCAGUGAUGGCAGCGAUGAUUCGGACAGCGGCUCAGGCUCCGAGACCAGCUCCAUAAGCGAGUCGGAGGGAACGGAUUCAACCAACUCGUAUAGCUCUCAGCCGGCGACGGGCAAGUCAAAUGCCAAGGGCAAGCGAGUUGCUGCUGGAGCUGGUGACAGCGAGGAGGAGCGCAAGGACAAGGCGAAUCCCAUGCGCAAACUGACGCGUUCGCUGAGCAUGCGUCGUUCCAAGCAGCAGCAGCUUAAGCCGGGCAGCGAGACCGAAUCAGAUCCAGAUCUCGACCAGGAAGACGACAAGCAGCGCGUGCUCUCCAAGAGUCCGGCCAAAAAGGCGCCCACAGCCAUCGGCCUCAACAGCAGCAACAACAGCAAGUGCAAGGUGAAGAAAGAUAUGACCUCAAUCAAGUCGCGACCCGUCUCGCCCGCCGUUCAGCUGGAAAAGAAGUGCCCCAUCGAGGGCUGUGAUUCGUCGGGCCAUUUGAGCGGCAAUUUGGAUCGUCACUUUCUGCCCGAGGCAUGCCCCAUCUUCCACAACAUGUCCGCAUCCGAGUGCAAAGAGCGCGCCAACGAGCGCAAGCUACGCAAUGAGCAGCGCCUCAAGAUGCCCAUCAACAUUGUCACGGCGCCGGGCAACCAGAACAGCAACCUCAAAGCCCUGACGCCCGAGCAGCGUGAGUUCCUGGCCAAAAUACGCGAAUCCCGUGCCAACUUCCGACCCAUGAGCAACAAUUUCUUGAACGACAAGGUCAAGAUAGACAAAGACUGCACGGACGAGGAUCGCGAACCGAAUCUCGCUGGCCUGGUGCCCGACUACGAUCUACAGCUGUUUCGCGAGGCGCAGGCGCAGGCCUCCGAGCGCAUCGAAGACGAGCUCAAAGAUCUGCCCGUUGGCAAGGGCAUCAAAUACAUCAGCAUGGGCAAGUAUAAGAUGAAAGUGUGGUAUCAGUCGCCCUAUCCGGACGACGCCGCCCGCCUGCCCAAGAUGUACAUCUGUGAGUUUUGCCUGCGCUACCAGAAGUCCGAGACGGGCAUCAAGCGACACGCCGAGAAAUGCGUCUGGCGGCAUCCGCCCGGCGAUGAGAUCUAUCGCAAAGGCAAGCUCCAGGUGUGGCAGGUGGAUGGCAAGCGUUACAAGCAAUACUGCCAGCAUUUGUGCCUGCUGGCCAAGUUCUUCCUCGACCACAAGACGCUCUACUACGACGUGGAGCCGUUUCUCUUCUACAUCAUGACGCUGGCCGAUGUCGAUGGCUGUCACAUUGUCGGCUACUUCAGCAAGCAUAUUCCGUUUUUGCAGGAGAAAAACUCGUUUUAUAACGUCUCCUGCAUCCUGACACUGCCACCAUAUCAGCGCAAGGGCUACGGCAGGCUGCUCAUUGAUUUCAGCUAUCUGCUAACCCGUGUCGAGGGCAAAAUUGGUUCGCCGGAGAAACCGCUGUCGGAUCUGGGCCUUAUAUCAUAUCGUUCAUAUUGGAAGGAUGUGCUGUUGGACUAUCUGUGCAAUCGUUCCGGCAACACGCUAUGCAUCAAAGAUGUCUCUCAGGAAAUGGCCAUCUAUUCGUAUGAUAUUGUAAGCACACUCCAGGCGCUGGGCAUGAUGAAAUACUGGAAGGGCAAGCACAUAGUGCUCAAAAAACAGGAUGUGCUGGAUGAGUAUGAGGAACGAGUGAAGCGCCGCGGCACAUUUCCAAAAAUCGACGACUCCUGUUUGCGCUGGCAGCCCUUUAUACCGGCACAACCGAGCGCCUCACCAUAGCCACGUGGUUGGAAGCACGCCCAGGUGUGCUUGGUGGACUCUUCGUAAAUGUGUAUUUCCAUAGAUAUUCAUUAUAAUUUGUGUAUAUUGCUUAAGGCCUCAAGUAUUUGUUGGUAGCUAAUUAAUAAUAGCAUAUACAUAGUAAAAAUUCCAUACAAUACCGAUUCUGAUUCUGACUUAAAUAUAUAUGUAUAUAUACUCGAGUGGCGAACAAAUGAUGAGAA